UUCACUCGCUUGCAUCCAUACGUAAAAAAUGACGAGUAACAAGGCAAUGACGCAAUUCAGAAUUAUGGUGGGCUCUUACGAGCACAACCUCUUGUGUUUAUCGCUUAUCAUGAAAGGUACAGCCGAGGCGGUGUUCACGCCAAUUUUCCAUUUCCAAGCCCAUACCUUGUCGAUCAAAUCCAUUGACAUUGCAAAACGCUACUUGGUCACAGGAUCAAACGACGAGCAUAUUCGUAUUUACGACUUGCAGAAGAGAAAAGAGCUUGGCACUUUGUUGAGUCACCAGGGCACAGUCACCACUUUGAAGUUUUCUAAAGAGACGACCGAAACAGACGAUCCACUGAAAUCUGGAAAAUGGCUUCUUUCCGGGUCCGAGGAUGGUAAGAUCAUCAUCUGGAGGACGAAAGAUUGGGAAACCUUUGGCACUUUAAAAGGCCACCAGGGCCGUGUGAACGACUUGGACAUUCAUCCCUCCGGCAGAGUUGCCAUUUCGGUGGGCUCAGAUCACACAGUCAGAUUAUGGAACUUAAUGACCGCAAAGAAAGCUGCCAUUCUCAAGAUUAAGGGACGGGACCACUUGGGACAGCCUGGGGAAAUCGUCAAGUGGAUAUCGGGGGGCAAGCAUUUUGUGGUGGGCUUGUUGAACCAGUUGUUCAUAUAUGAGCUUUCAGAAGAGGCUCUGAUUGUCAAGAAAAUACAAUUCAAGCCCACGUUGAUGUGCAUCGAGACUGUGACCCUUGGAGACAAGGAGUACUUGGUUGUUGGCCUCAAUAACGGUUCCAUCGAGUUUUACGAAGUGUCGAAGGCAUUAAGCGAUGAAAAGCCAGAGCCUGGAUUUACAUUGCGGGGCCACUCUAACAGAAUCAAAGGAUUAUCCUUCAUUUGUUCUCCGUCAGACACAAACGAUGUUCCUUAUUUAGUCUCUGUUUCUUCGGACGGGAAAAUUGUCGUAUGGGACUUGUCGGAGUCAAAGAGAGAUCAAGUUGCUGUUUACGACAGUGGUGAGAGACUAAAUUGUGUAGCUGUUUGCGGCGAAUCCAUCGAGAAAGCAGACACUAUGAAGAGAAGACAUGACGAAGUCGAGACAAAUGACCCACCCAGCGAAUCAGAGUACGAAACGGAUGGAGAAGAGUUGCGGAAAGUGAUGCUUGCCACGAGGACGGUCAAGAAAAAGUCCAAGAAGAACAAGAAGAACAAGGACAAGGUCAGUGUGACUUUGGAGUAAGCCACGUGCGUCCAGCCUCAAAGUACUGAAGAGAAAAACGAACGUAGAUAAUAGAUGGUACCAAAGAAUAUUGUGAUGAGUUCCAAGCCCACAUUGAGACGGGGAAAGGUAUUAUAUUCGAUUUGUAUCGUGCAGAUGCAGGCUAUGUAAAUCAAUGAAAUGGACUAUUAGACCCAAUGGAGUGA